GUUAAAUUUUUUGUUGUUUUUGUUAAGGUGCCGAAACGAGCGAAAUGAAAGUUGUGCCAUUUUUUACCGUUGCUUGUGCUUAACGCGUUGUUGUUAUAAUUGUGUUUGCAGGAGUGUCAAAAACUUUGAAGCAUAUCGAAACUAAAGCAACAAAAUAUAAUACAAAUUUCGAUUAAUCAAAUCAAAAUUUUAAUGAAACAAAAUCAAAAAACAUUCAACAGUUUUAGCUCGCGUACUGAACUUUUAAUAUAUUGACUUGUAUCUAUAUAUACAUACAUAAAUAUAUUAGUGAUAUCAUUCAUGAUCAUCAUCAACAUAACACUAAUCAUGUCUAUCUGAGCGGCUUCCAUUUCGCAUUUCCAAGACGUUUAAUUCAGGUGGUAUUUCUUCAAUUUACCGGUGCAGCUAAGCUGAGAACUUAAACAGCGAAAAGCGAAAAGCGACAAGUGAAAAGGCGAAAAACUAUCGAAACAGACUCAAAAGAAACAAGAAAAUAGACCGAAAACGCAAUUGAAAAAUGGACACGAAAUUGGCGCAGGGUCAGUUUCCGGCYACGUUCCCGGAGACAUUCAAGAAUUUCUUCGAGAUGAUGAACGAGGACGAGGAUCACGUUGAGCUCUUUGCCAACCUGCUGGAGGAUAAGGUGAUACCGCGCAGGAGCCCAAUGCAUGCCCAGCGGCAGCGUUGCGGCGGGAGCCUGCGCAGCCAUCUCAACCGGCGUGCUGGGCAUGAGCACAUCCAGGCUCAGAUCCAUGCGCAGAGCCAAGGUCGAGCGCAAGUCAUACCUCCCACCCAGGAUCAGAUCCAGGAGCAGAUGGCGAACCGCUCUCGCUCCCGCUCCCAGCAGAUCCGUUACUCGUGGCAGCAGCCCGCUGUUGCGCAGCAUCCGCAUCCGCAUCCGGUGGUCCGCGCGGCCCCACGGAGCCGCAGUGGCAGCAGUGGCGACAUGAGCCGGUCCAUGGGCAUGGAUCAGGAGCUCGCCGCGAGCUCGGGCUACGCCCUAGGCCCACGAAGCCGCAGCCGCGGAAUGCGGCGCAGGAGCGUGUCGGGCGUCGACGAUCUGGGCGACUAUGGCGGCGUCCUGAGCCACUGCUCCAGCACUGGCAGCAGCGUCGACAGCCUUGUCCACACCCACAGCCAGCUGAUGACGCGCAGCCCGAAGCACUCGACGUUGACCAGCCUCAACGUCAGCAAUCGCGUGCCAAGGCCCAACUCGGCCAAGAUGCCGACCGAUAGUCAGCAGCUGCCGUCGGCCGCUCCWGCUUUCCAGCAUCAGCAGCAGCAGCAGCCGCUGGACCAGGAUCAUCUGCAGCGCCACCAGCAGACGCGCGACCUGCAAAUGGAGUUGCACCAGCUGCGACUUGGACCCGACGGCGAGGACAACAGCGCCGGGCGUGCGCCCCAGAAUUAUGCGAUGCCCCGCCUCCUGGCGGACAGUCCGAGGCACUCGCAGCCAAGGCACUCGGUCAUACUGGAGCGAUCAUACGACUUUGAUGCCAGCUUUGACGGCAGCGAUGGAGCCGUGCCCUCACCAGCCCCCCAGCAGCUGGCCUACAAUGUGCUCCGGCCGAUACUGAAGUCGCAGCAGCACCAGACCCAGCAGCAGCAGCAACAGAUGCAGCAGCAGCAGGACCAGCAGCAGCAACAGCAACAACAGCAACAGCAACAGCAACAGCAGCAGCAGCAACAGCAACAGCUGCCGCCGCUAUCCCAGCAGCCGAGCACAUCGGCCCAGGCCCAUUUGCACCGCAUAUUGCCGAUACCGCCCGUGGCACAGAGUAGCUACCAGCGCAUGCAGCACAGCCGCGGCAGCCUGCAGGGCGCAGUGCAGCGCAACGCGAGCGCCGGCAGCUCGACAGCUGGCUACAGCUACAGCAUGCAGGCCCAGCAGUCGCAGCAGUAUGAGCUGGCCGAGCAGCCGGAGCAGCAGCAGUACUAUGCGGGCUACAGCCGGGCGUACGGCUCGCAGGGGCUGCACGGCGAAGGCCAUUGGCGCGACGAGGAGCCGACCUGCUCGGCUGCAAUGGCGGCGGACUCAAUGCACAGCACCUACCAGGAUUUUCUGCAGGCGGCUCCGGAUCCAGGACCGGGAGCGGGGCCGCCCAGCAUGAGAAUGCAGAGGUCACCAAAUAUGAAUAGACGCAGAAGCUCCUCGAUUGCAACUGGCGUGCUGCACGGUGAUCAUGGCUACGGCUAUGCCAACGACAACAAAAGUUUCGCCGGCGAGCAACAACAACAGCAGCAGGUGGAGGAGUUGUUUGCGUUCCCCAAUAACAGCAACAGGGAGCGGAUGACGCUGGCCAAGUCCCCGCUUGGUCGGGCCAUCGAGAGCGGCGUGCUGACCUUCCAUCAGGCGAUGAGCGGUGCGGUGUCGCCGCAGUACGCCGGGGUAGUCACAGGGGUCGGAGCAGGAGCUGGAGUGGGUUCGGGUGCCAGCAGUCAGUUGCCAGUGAACGAGCUGGACAAGUGCCGCCUCGGCUCCAGCUCAGCCUUGGCGGCUGUGGCCGAGCACACAGCGGAGACAGCGGAGACAGCAGCAGCAGCAGCAGCAGCAGCAACGUCGUCUGGCGGCGCAAACGCCACCAGCUCGACCACGACCGGAUCCAGUGACGAGGUUCAGUCGCCCGUCGCCAACAGCAGGGCGCUGCAGCAGCAGUAUCACUCGGUCAACAGCAAUCAGCAGCGCGAGCGGGGCGUGGGCGAGUCAGCGGCCAGCGUGGCCUAUGGCAGCUCGGCCACCAUAGCCGUGGCCGUGCACAUGUCGGAGCGGCAACGUCUACGGACGUCCAGCAUGCCGGCAGAGAGUCGCAAGCCCCGCCUGGCGGACACGCGUCGCUCGGCGAUUCACUGUGGCGCGGAUGUCGAAAUGGAUUAUUAUCGCUUGCGCAGCUUCAGCAUUACAUCGCAUGGCGUUUGCAAUCUGGGCGAUUCAUUACGCAGCCGCAGGUCACGUUCCAUCAAUUCUGUGACAUCCAAUGGCACCUCGAACAGCGGCAAGGAUCGACACAAUAGCAUUGCGUCGGCCGACAUCCCGGAGGCAGAGGCGAGCAACAUCCAGCCGCACUCGCAGAGGCCCAACGGGGAGCAGGUUCCGGCGUACAAAAUCGCCAUGCUGGGCGGAUCCGGAGUGGGCAAGACAACGCUGACAUAUCAGUUCACCACGUCGGACUACAUCUGCGCCUACGAUCUGAGCCUGGAUGAUGACUAUGGACAGAAAACGGUCUCCGUCCUGGUCGACGACAUUGAAACGGACUUGGAAAUUAUUGAUCAUCCGGCCUGCGAGAUGUCGACCGAGGCGUUCUGUGCCACGUACAACAUUGACCUGUUCGUUGUGGUCUACUCCGUGGUAGACCGUGGCACCUUCAAAGCAGCCGAGAAGGUCCUGACCUACCUCAAGGAGAACGACAUGCUGCUCACGCGCGGCGCCAUCCUCGUGGCCAACAAAACGGAUCUGGAGCGGCAUCGCGAGGUGUCGCGCCAAGUUGGGCGCAAGCUGGCCAAGGAGAUCGCGUGCAAGUUCAUCGAGACGUCGUCGGGCCUCGACCAUAACGUGGACGAGCUGCUGGUGGGCAUUGUCGCCCAGGUCAAGCUGAAUCCGCAGCGCCUCUCGCUGCUGAGCGAGUACGACCUGCAGCGCCUGAACUUGCAGACGACGAUACAGAAGCAUCGGCGCAUGCAUCUGCCGGCCAGGCGGAUGGUGCGCCAAAUGAGCAUCUUCAAGAUGGAGGACGGCGAGGAGAAGGACGACGAUGACGGCGACGGCGACGGCGACGGCGACAACAACAAGGAGAACGAAAACGAGGGCCAACAAAAGUCCCUGGAGGCAGUGAAGCGCGCCGCCAAUCGACGCACCCUCAACCUCGAGUGCAUUCUGAAGAUGGGCGAGAGCGAGCUGGAGGAGGAGGAGAGCAACAGGCAAAUGAGCAAAUUCGAGCAGCUGGCCGCCAGCAUGCGUCAGCGGCGCGCCCAGGACGAGCUGCAGCAGCAGCAGGCGGCCGACAGCAAUGACAGCAAGCCAUCGACGUCUGCGGCAGCUGCUGCGGCGGCGGCUGCUGCCAGGCGCGAUUCGAAUGCCAAGGGCGAGCUCGAGUCCGCCGCUUGCAACCGGAGAGUCGUGAACAAGCUAACCAAAGUGUUUCUCUCAUCGGUGCUGCGCUUCAGGACAAACAUGAAGCGACGCAACUCAUCGAGCUGCACCAACUUGUUCGUCAUCUAAGCGGGGGCGGGAGAGCUUUCGCGCGUGUGUGUGUGUGGGCGUGCGUGGGUGUGCGGCUGUGGAUGGGUGUGYGUGUGUGCGUCUAGCUAUAUUGUUUAUAAGCGAGGCUAUAGACUGAGACUGAUUGACUGACUUGGAAUGGAGCGCAGCUAACGGGAGGGGCAUGCUCGGGGUGGAAACAACAAAGAGUACAGUCAACAAGAACAAUUAUCAAAAGGUUAUGCAUGUAUGCA